AUGGCCGGAUCGCCUAUAGUAGCUAUAUCAGCGAUUGUCUUGUCAAUUACCUUGUUAUAUAAAUGUAUUGUGUAUCCCCUAUUCCUCUCACCACUGUCCAAGAUCCCCAAUGCGCACUGGACAGUUCCUAUAUCUCCUGCUUGGAUGCUCUGGAAGCGUUUCCGGAGUCAAAACAACCGGACCAUCCAGGCUGCCCAUGAAAUACUUGGGCCGAUUGUGCGGCUUUCCCCAUCAGAGAUAUCCAUCAAUUGUGUUGAAGGUGGUAUCAAAACCGUUUACACAGGCGGAUUCGAAAAGCAUGAAUGGUAUCCACGGGUAUUCGGGUCACUCGGCAAGUCAUACUUGCAGUCCUCGCCUCAUAUGCGUCUGAUCUCGGAGACUAUUUUGUUCGAUCGCCUCUUUCCAAUGAUCCAAGAAGCAGUCUCCUCAAACGCGCCUAUGGAGGUCCAUGAUCUCAAUCAGGCACUCGCCAUAGACUUUGUAUCAGCGUAUCUCUUUGGCUUGGCGAAUGGAACCAACUGGCUUCAAGAUGAACCCUUCCGGCAGAGGAUGCUCCACUACUACCAGGGCAGGAAACCGUAUGAGUUCUACCACCAGGAAGUUCCUGGCCUUGUAUCCUGGACGAAGUCCAUUGGUAUUCCUUUGAUUCCUAGAUGGUGCGAUGAGGCCAACGCGGCGCUUGAUGCUUGGUGUUUAGACCUCUGUGACAGAGCAGAACAAUGCCUGCAAUCGACCGACGCCGGUGUCGAGCCUGUGGCAUACAAGCAGCUCCAGCAAGCAAUGAUAAAGCAGUCCUCACAAAAGGGAAACACAGAAGAGAGCCCGGAGCAACAGCGGAUCGAGAUUGCCUGCGAAAUGUAUGACCAGCUCACUGCUGGUUUUGAAACCAGCGCAGUCGCCCUCACUUACCUGUUCUGGGAGCUUUCUCGUCAUCCGGACCUGCAAGAAGAGCUGCGGAAAGAGCUCUUGACUCUCGAGCCUAAGAUUCUGUUUCCCCCACCUAGUGCGUCAAGGGGCCUGCCUCAGGCAAAAGCGGUUGAUUCAUUACCUCUCCUUGAGGCCGUAGUUACGGAAACGUUACGCCUGCAUGCCCCAAUCCCUGGAAUACAGCCUCGUGUCACACCUUAUCCAUCCUGUACCCUGGCUGGGUACAGCGAUAUCCCUGCAAACAUCAGAGUUAAUGCGCAGGCAUACUCGCUCCAUCGCAACCCUGAUGUGUAUCCGGAUCCUGAGGCAUGGCAGCCUAAGCGGUGGCUUAAAGGUGUCAACUCGGAUUCCGACCUCGAAGAAAGAAGGCGGUGGUUCUGGGCCUUCGGGAGUGGCGGAAGAAUGUGUGUUGGAAGCAAUCUGGCCUUGCAAGAAAUCAAACUAGCAACGGCGGCCAUCUACAGCAACUACAAGACGUCCAUCGUAGACGACGAAAACAUUGAAGCAAUCGACGCCUAUACGAUUAAGCCCCGCGGAGAUAAACUGGUGUUGAAGUUUGAAGCCGCGUAG